CGGAAUGCGCACCACAAGCAUUGGCGAUAGCAGAUAAGAGAUUAGAUAGUGGCCAAGGCACCGGCGAGACCCAAGGUUUCGGCAGUCGAAUAAGCAUAUUUCUCCAGCAGUUGAUUAGGACUGGCACGACGGUAAGGUACAUUCCAGGCAGCCAAAAAGAUGGAUCGUUGGGUAGGAAAGGUGGCCGUCGUAACGGGCGCUAGCUCGGGUAUCGGUGCGGAAACGGUGAAAGCAUUCGCAAACGCCGGCAUGAUCACGAUCGGCCUGGCACGGCGUGUUGACCGAAUCGAUGAACUGAAGAGUCAGCUGCCGGUGGAGGCCGCCGGCCGUCUGCAUGGUGUGCGUUGUGACGUGACCAAGGAAAAGGACAUUCUGGCCGCAUUCGUGCACAUCGAGCAGCACUACGGUGGGGUGGACGUACUGGUCAAUAAUGCCGGUGUUGCACGGAGUACGGUCGGUCUACUGGAUCCCAGCAAUACCCAGGCACUGCGCGAUGUGAUCGACACCAACCUGAUGGGGUUGGUGCUGUGCAGCCGAGAGGCAGUGCAAUCGAUGAAGCGCCGUUCGGUCGCUGGGCACAUCGUGCACAUUAACAGCAUUCUUGGCCACAAGGUGCUACCGAUGGGUACGCUCAACGUCUAUCCGGCCACCAAGUACGGCGUGACGGCCAUCACCGAGACGAUGCGUCACGAGUUGCGAUUGGCGGGAACGAAAAUUAAAGUUACGAGCAUUAGCCCUGGAUUGGUAAGAACGGAGAUCAUCCCCAACAGCGAAAAUAUCAAGGAUAUGCCCAUCCUGGAGCCAGAAGAUAUCGCAAAUGCCAUUCUGUAUGUCGUAGGGACACCGCCUCGUGUGCAGAUUCACGAGCUAACGAUCAAACCAGUUGGAGAAAUGAUGUAACCGAGGCUUUCAAUGCUUGAUAGUGGUUUGAAA